CUACUAAACCCACUUUUUCUCCGUCGUUCGAUUUCUUCAUCAAUUUCCCGCAAAACCCUAGCCCUAAUCUACCCUCUACCGGCGAUAUCACCGACGGAGCAAUCGCCGAUCAGGAUUUCGUCAUCGAAGCUUCAAAGUGAGGAUAGAAGAAAGAAGGUAAAGCCUUUGAAUCCUCCAAAUUAUUUGAAGACACGAGUAGAAAUUAAUCAUUAUGCCUAAGAUUAAGACGAGCCGGGUCAAAUACCCAGAAGGAUGGGAGCUUAUCGAGCCCACACUUCGCGAGCUGGAGGCGAAAAUGAGAGAAGCUGAGAACGAUCCACAUGAUGGGAAGAGAAAGUGUGAGGCUCUCUGGCCUAUAUUUCGGAUUUCGCAUCAGAAGAGCCGAUAUAUAUUUGAUUUGUACUAUCGGAGGAAGGAAAUCUCAAAGGAGUUAUAUGAAUUCUGUUUGGAUCAGGGUUAUGCUGACCGUAAUCUGAUUGCGAAGUGGAAAAAGUCAGGCUAUGAGCGCCUUUGCUGCCUUCGGUGCAUACAGCCACGGGAUCACAACUUUGGGACCACUUGUGUUUGCAGGGUUCCAAAGCACCUCAGAGAAGAAAAGGUCAUAGAAUGUGUCCAUUGUGGUUGCAGGGGCUGUGCGAGUGGAGACUGAAGUUUGGUACUUGGUGCAUGUCAUUAGAUGUCAGCCAUCAACAUGCAAACCAGGUCCGCCAAAAAUUAACUCGUAACAUGGCCCUUCACAUUUGAAUUUAAGGCAUAUACUUCCCAUUACUUCUGAAGUCAGUAUAUGUGAGUAGGAAAAGAACCAUUUGAUAUUAAUCAGCUUGUUGGCAUCUGGAAUUUGUGGAAGCAGCUCCGAGUUCUUUAAGCUAUGAACUAAAAACUUGUCAUAAAUAAUGGAACUAUGACUACUGCAAUCCAUUGUACUCUUUAUAUUCGAUGUUGUAUGCUAAUUUGGUUCCCAUCAAACAUAUAUAUUCUAUGUUCAUCAUGUGUUGUGUAACUUGUGUUAUCCUGUGAUAUGGAAGGCUGUGCUUCCUUCA